AUGGUGCAGUUGGGCUUUGUCGAGACGUGUAUCCCGUCCGUCGAGAGCCGCGCGCACUGCAGUAUCUUCAUGAGCGCCAAUUGGCACAUCUGUCGUCGCCUGUUGCUCGUGAUUGUGAGUGGCAAUGGCAUCCAGCCGGGCAUUUGGAGCCGCUCGCUCGUGCUGGAGGCCACGGACGCCCCGAAUCAGUACCGCUCUGGCUCGAUGCUGCCGUACCUGCACACGGCGCUGUCCAAGGGCUACGGCGUUGUGGUCAUGAACCCGAGCACGAACACAGUGAGCGUCGGUAGUGAGAAGAUGCCGAUCCCGCACUCGAGUACGCCAGAGCUGCACGUGCGGUAUGUGUGGGAGACGUUUGGCCUGCGCGCCUCGUGUUCGCAAGUGUACAUUGCUGCGUACGGACGUGGCGGGUCGUUGACCAAGCGCUUGGUGUGUACGCAGCCGCUUUUGCGCUCGAAGCUCGCGGCGAUUGCGUUUAUUGAGUCGAGUCAUCGGGUGGAAGGGGACGACACGCCGGAAGUGAGAGGGCUCUUGGGCACGCGAGCGAUCAAUUGGCAGCGAUCGAGGGAGAGUCCUGGCACGCAGCUCCAAGGCUGCACGCAGCUAGGGUGCUUGAGUCUCUCGGCGGGGGAACCUACGUCACCCGCGGAGCAAAAGUCGUCCAAUACGGCGUGGACGAUUGCGGCGAGUAUGCACACGGUGUUUGCGUUCUUUGACAGUGCGCGAGGGUCGAUGCCAGACGAACCAGCAGAUGAUGAACUGAUGGACGAAAUGAAGCGGCUGUCUCAGUAUGCGUACGCUGGUGCAGCAGCUAUCUCGUCGGCGUCGCAUCAGCUGGAGCACUUGGAAGAUGCCGAGUUUCGCGAAGAGGUGGAAACGUCGAGCUUUGGCAACCAUAUGGGUCGUCGCACGAACAGCACCCGCAGCUCACGACGUAGUAUGGUCAUUUCCACGUCCAUGAGCGUGAACGACUUUGACUUGCUCUCUGUGGUUGGCAAAGGCGCGUAUGGCAAGGUGUUUCUGGCCAAGAAGAAGCACGGGAAGAACACUGGUCGUGUGUAUGCAAUGAAAGUGCUGCGGAAGCAGGACGUGUUCAAGAAAAAGCAGGUCGAGCACACCAAGUCGGAGCAGCGUAUCCUCAAGCACGUCGAGCACCCGUUUGUCGUGCGCCUGCGGUAUGCGUUCCAAAACCAUCAGAAGCUAUACUUGGUGAUGGAUUAUUACUCUGGCGGCUCGCUCUUUGUGCACCUGCGCAAGGAGAAGCGCUUCCCCGAACACCGCGCGUGCUUUUAUGCGGCCGAGCUCGUGCUGUCGUUGGCACAUUUGCACAGCAUGCACAUUAUGUAUCGCGAUUUGAAGCUGGAGAACAUUCUCAUGGACAGCGAAGGGCAUGUCGCGAUCACGGACUUUGGGCUGUCGAAGGAAGAUGACGAGGGCUCGACGUUUGUAGGGACGCCCGAGUACUUGGCACCCGAGUUGCUGUGCAGCCAGCGAACUGCUACAUCAUAUGGCAACACGAUCGACUGGUGGAGUUUCGGCGUGCUCGUGUACGAGAUGAUUCAAGGCCAUACACCGUUCUGGGACAAGAAUCGCCGCGAGAUGUUCCAGAACAUCUUGAGCAAGGAGCCUCUGUACCCUCCUCGGCACUUUUCGCCCACAGCGACGGACUUCCUGCAGCGUUUACUUGUCAAGAACCCACAGCAGCGCAUGGGCUGUGGGAGGGACGGCGCGCUGGAGAUCAUGGGCCAUCCGUGGUUCAAAGGCGUUGAUUGGGACGCACUCUUGCACCGCCGAGUGGAUCCGCCGUUCAAGCCGAUGUCGAAAUGCUCGCAGGGAAGUCGCGCACGAACGAGCAGUGCAGCGCUCAAUGCGAACUUGCAGUACGUGCCGAAUGUCUUUAAGCAGCAAGAAGUCGCAGAUUCGCCGGUGGUGUGUGGACUGGACGCGUCGACUGGAUCGGGCAGCAUGGCAAUGCACUUUGAUGAUUUUAGUUACAUGGGAAGCGACAUUGUCGGUUCACGACGUACCUCGAUUUUCCGCGACAGCGACAUUAAGAUGGAACUUGGCGAGUAG